AUGUCACAAACCUUGAAUCAGAGUCAGACCAUCAGUCUGCCUGGAUGUAUUAUGAGUUUGAAUCUCCGAAUCGAGUUAGUGAACAAGGUCAAUGAAAGAGGUGAACCUGCCAGUGUAAGCGAGACACAUAUUGACAAGAACAGGCCCUCAAUGGAGAACAAAGAUCUGCCCGAAGGCAACUGUGAGACCACUGAAGAAUCCGUGGCGGAGCUCAAGGAACGACUGAGACUUGCAGAACUGAACUGCGUAAAAUUGGGAGAGCUGUACCAAACAUACAGACUGCAUUGGCUAGAGGAGAAUUAUCGGGCAACGAUCUUAGAGGAAUACGCACCAAAUGGAAUCAGUACUAUAUCUCCUCGCCAGAUAGCAUGGGAUGCCCCCUCUCCCUUCCCAAAUGACAUGCGUGACUUUCUGCGUGGGGAAAUUCCGUCAUUGUUAGAUCUUGGAGUGAGGUGA